CGUGACUUCUCCGAUUAUAAACUCGACUGAGCGCUGCUUGCCUGCAUCUAUGCCUGCAUAAUAGAUUAUCUAUGCCUGCAUGAGAUAUCUAUGUUGCCUGCUACACUCAUUUGACUUCUUAGAUCUAUAUCAGUUGAUUUAGAUAGAAGGCCAGAGUAGACAUCUAGCACUUAAUUAUACGGUGCCACGUUUAAGAAAUUUUUGUUUUCUCUGAUCAAUAACUCGGACCUUCUUCGAAAGAAAUUGGUGUCAAUUUACCUAGCUUCUUCUUCCUGUCCAGUUCGUUGGCAACAACCCCGCUUUGCUCGAAAGGCAAAAUGUCCAAUGAAUUAGAAGAAUUUAUUAUUGAGCAUGAGAUUGAAGUUACACCAUCUGCACUUAAAAAGUUAGAUGAGGUGUAUGGAGUUACUAAACUGGAGCAUCUAGAUUUUAUGCAAAAAGAAGAUCUGAUGGAAGCAGGUAUCAAAGUUGUUCAAUGUAGAGCUUUACUCUAUCACUAUGAUCGGUAUAAAAAGCGCACAUCAGCAACACCUGAUGACGUAUCUAUUUCAUUGUCACCAUUGCAAUUAAGCUACAAUGUGAUCAAACAAGCACCAAAGUCAAAGAAGCAGUUCCAAAUAAAAUAUGUUCUCUGUAUUGAUAUGUUUAUUAUUAACCAAGAGGAGCGAUGCAUAUCUGUAAAUCCAGAACAGGAUACUAUGGAAUUUUUGAUUAGGGAAAUUUGCAGCAUACAUCACCUUGAUCAAGAGUUAACCCUAGAGCUAUACAAUAAAAAUGGAAUUCCAUUAAAUGUUAAUGAAUAUACUUCAAAUUUGACACUUAGCAAGUGGGAAGUGCAGCUAAAUGAUUCAUAUUAUGUUCUUCCACGAAGAAAAUCACAACCUUUUUGGGAUCCUCCAGCAACAAUAUUAGAUGAGGCUAAUGAAAAAGGCCAAAGCAAACUAAAGGUUUUGAGUGAGGUUUUUGGGCAUUUUACAAUAGAUGUAAAUUUUGAUACUCUCACAGUGAAAAAAGUGCUUCAAAAAGCUUCACGUAUUUUGAACAUACCCUCCUGUUUCUUGACAUUACACAAAAAUGUAUUUGAUGAUCCCAUGAGUGAAGAUGAUAAAAUAGCAUUUGAUGCUGAGGCAUGUGAGCCUGAGGUGAUCAUACGUUUCAAAGAGCUUCAUUCAAUUGAUACUGAUUUUGGGAAACCUAGUUACAUACCAUUACAAGAACAGACAGAAAAAGGAUUGGCUAAAUUUUACUCUGUUUUAAAAUAUUUGGCAUAUCAAACUCAUUUUUUGUGCCACAAAAUAGCUAAUGCUGUUUCUAAAAUUGCAGAUUGUGUUCCGUUAACUGCAGCACUGCAUCAAUUUAGAAAAUUUUCUUCAUUUUAUCAUUUGUCUUAUUUAGCUAUUUUGUUUGAAGGUUUUUAUACCUUGUCAAAAGCAUUUUUGGCAAAUUUUUGCAAUGUUAACGACAAUCAAGUUUUUGAAUUUUUUGACUACAUUUUUGGAUACAUAAUGAAGUACUCAGAGAAUUUAUAUGAUGAGCAUACAUUGGAAUUUGAUAUAAUUGAAUUGAGGUGUCCAAUUACUAGUAACAAAAUAAUUGAGCCUGUUACUGUCAUCACAGAUGCCCCUGUCACGAAUCAACUUUCAUAUGAGAGGAAGGCUGCAGUGAAGCUAAUUAAAAACAAAGAGGUUUUACCUGAAUGUGGUGAUUGUAUUGAGGAACAGGAUCUGAUGCCUAAUGAGCAACUUCAACACUAUCUAAUUGCAUUUUCAUUCAGCAGUCAUUUUGCAGAAAUUCAGGCCCUAAAAAUUUCUUCAGGAAAAAUGAAAAUUAGACCAUUGAUGUUUCCAUGUUCAUGGAAAGAAUUAAGGGAAAAUGUUAUAAAAGUAAGAAAGGAAGAUUUUUCGGGUAAAACAUACUGUUUCACUUGCAAUAAAGAAGGUCACCUUUCAGUUUACCUUGGCAAUACAAAAACUGCAAAACCACAGCAUUUUUUUUAUAAUCCAAUAACAUGUGAACAAGAUACUUAUUCAGAGGAUGAUUUAGAAGAAAUUAAGGAAAAAAGUGUCACUCACAAUAUUGCUGAGUUUCUUCAUCCGAAAGCAAAAGCACUGCUGAAGGACUUUGAAUCAUCACAAAAAAGUGCUGAAUCUUCGAGUAAAGAAGGCAUCACUAGAGAGCCAAAAGAAGCUAUUAUGGUAGUGCUUGAUACAAGUAGUUCCAUGAGUGGAGAAAUAUUUAAAGAAUAUGCCCCAAAUGAUAAAUACAGACGAAUUACUGCAGCCGUUGACUUCUUUACUGCAUUUGCAAAUAGAACACAAGCUUAUGAAUUUCCUCAUGUUUUGGGUGCCAUAUACUUUAAUGAUACUCCCAAAGAAGUUUUAUCACUGUCUGAAUUACAGGCAAACUUUGAAACAACAAUUAAUAAGGCCAAUAAUGAAGUACGGGGUCAAACUGCCUUGUAUGAUGCUUUAAAAGCAGCAGCAAAUACCCUUUCUGAGUUCACAUCACAGUUUCCUUCAUGCCAUAGGAGAAUUCUUUGCCUGACUGAUGGAAAAGAUAACAGAUCCAAAGCUACACCAUUUGAUGUGUCAGCAUUUCUUGCUAAAAAAAAUGUUGUUGUAGAUUCUAUAUUAAUAACUUCUGGAGGAAAUGCAAACUUAAAAGCAAUCUCUCAUGCAACAGGUGGGCUAUGCUUUUUGCCUAAAAACCGCAGAGAAGGAACACGCAUAUUUGAAAUGGAAACAUUAUUGUCAGUAAGACAAAGGAGUGAAAGGAAAUUGCCUUCCCUUUCAAGUCAGGCAGAUUUUGAUCAAAUACAACAAAGAGAUUAUGAUUCAACUGAUCCAUACUCAUUCAAAAGCACCUUUUUUGAAGGAAUUGAUGAAACUGUAACUUGCUCUGCUAAGAGAAUGAUAACGCUAGCAACAAUAAUGAGUGAUGAACAUUUGAGUCAUACAUCUAGUAGUAAACAACCUAAUGUUCAAAGUCUUAUGAGAGAAUUAAAGACCUAUGUGAAAAAUCCUCAUCAAGAUAUAGAAGUAUUUCCUGAUGAAAAAAAUAUUUGCCAGUGGAAAAUAAUUCUGAGAGGACCAUCAGGCACUCCUUAUAGUGGAGGAGUUUUUCUUAUUUUUGCUAAAUUUCCAAAGGAAUAUCCUUAUAAGCCACCUGAGAUGAGAUUCAUUACUCCAAUAUAUCAUUGCAACAUUAAUUCAAAUGGACGUAUUUGUCAUCCUAUACUUGGUAGAAAUUAUUUACCUACCUUGUCAAUUAAGGAAAUUUUUGAUCACAUCUAUGGUCUCUUGAUGGCCCCAGAACCUGAUGAUCCUUUAGACAGUGUACUUGCUGAAGAGUUUCAUACCGAAAAGGAUGAAUACAUGAGGAAAGCACGUGAACUGACACAAGAUAAAGCAACUAAAGUAACAUGGGAAAAUUACAAGAAAGCACUUGGUGAAGAGGCAGGUGAUGUUUCAGAUGAUUUUAAAUGCCCUUUAACUGGAAAACUAUUUAUAAAUCCAGUUUCAACACCAAGUGGGCAUACAUAUGAACGUGAUGCAUUACUGGAAUAUAUGGCUAGAAAUGAUAAUAUGGAUCCCAAAUCUAAGCAGCGUAUUGCAAAUGAUGAGCUUCGUCCUAAUUCUAUUAUUAAAAAACUUGUUGACAAUUUUCGAAAAACUAAUUUGGUUUAAAAACUGCUUUUAGUUUCCUGUUGUGUGUUAGCUAGCUGUAGUG